AUGCACUUAAGGCUUCCCGAGGCAGUUGUGGAUGAAGGACUUCGGAUAACCGUUGACUAUGCAGAGGGCAUGCAAAUGAUUUAUCUCCUCCUGAUUCGCACUGUCGUCACUUCAGGCCGAGAGCCGACGCUCACGGAGGAAGGAAAUGGCGGCCAUCGGGAGCCACAUGACCCGUGUGGUACGCUUACCCGCGCAGGCGCCCGCGAGGCCCAGAGCGCCCCGGAAGAGUAUCAUCAAGCGAUCAGUCCGCCGUCUGACAAGGGGAAGGUCGAUGAGAACGCUAAUGUAACUUUAUUCACGUCAGACCUAAAGGGACACAGGAGACGCGAGUCCGCCAUUGGUCAAUAG